GGAGACCGGGGAGGCGGGGCUUACCACGUGACGUAAGCACGUUCACAUUCACAUACGUCGACGCUCAUUGGGAAAAAUGUCGGCAUCCGAGUCUGCGACAAAGGAGUCUCCAGAAGAAAAUGUCUCAGAGUCCAUAGCUGGGCCAAGUCAAGUCGAACAGGAUGAUGCUGACAUCACCAUAGAUGCCGUUGUCGGAAAAGCAGAGCCAGCGACACAGGUGCUGACUUCUCAGGAGCCUGCAAAGGAUGCUGAUGGAGAGGAUGGCGCGUCCUCCCCGCAUAACAAACCACCUCCAGGAUAUGCAGCUAAAUCCAUACCCGGGACCUCCUCCUUGUUGUCCUCUUCUCCUUCUACAUCUAUGACGCUCUCCCCAGGCCGAGCAAAGAUGAGUGUUUUUGGUCCUAUUAGUACGAAACCUGUCCUGCCAUCUCCGCCUCCAAGUUCCUCCUCUCCUUCUGCCUUAUCGGAAUCACCCAAAAUCCAUCGGGCACGUAAAACAAUGUCCCGGCUAUCACCAAUGCAGAUGAGCCAAACUGACACGCCUACCAGACCUGUGACUCCAUCCGGAUCUUCAGCCGACACUGAAACUGUUGGAAAAAAAAGAAAACUUGAGAAGUCUGAUAGUUUUUCUGACAAGACGCAAAAAAUGGAAUCGGACUGUGACUCACAAAGAGACGCACUGAUUCAGAACAAGUCUGAAGAGUUUCCAUGGAAACAGGUGGAUCAGGGGAAAGAUAGAAUCAAGUCUCCUGUGCUGGAGACAGUUGGAGGAAGGUCGACUGAGUACACAGAGGUGCCUUUAGGCGCGUUGAACAUCGCUGCUGCCGACAGCCUGACACUCUCCCCUCAUCAUGAGGGAAGCGAUGGAGGGGACACCGAGCGGCUGGAGGAGCUUCCCCUUUGUAGCUGCCGAAUGGAAGCGCCUCGUGUUGACAGCGCCAACCAUCGUGCCAGUAGACAGUGUAUGGCCACUGAGAGCAGCAAUGGAGAGCUGAGGGCUUGCACCAAUGUGACGACCAAAGGAGAAACCAUGCGUCCAUCUAGCCAGGUGCCCCUUAUGGUGCUUUGCGAAACCCAUCGCGCCCACAUGGUGAAACACCACUGCUGUCCCGGUUGUGGUUUCUUUUGCAUAGCAGGAACAUUCCUUGAAUGCUGCCCGGACCAGCGCAUCGCCCACCGUUUCCACCGUGGGUGUGUCACGGUACUUGGGGGCGGGCGGAGCAGAGAAAACGGCGGAAUGCUUUUCUGUCCCCACUGCGGCGAGGAUGCAAGCGAGGCUCAAGAGGUCACCAUGCCUCCCUUCAACGCGGCCACGGCAUCCGCAAGCAUGGUCGUCACCAUGUCGGCGUCCUCCACCACCACGCCGUCUUUGCCGCCCACUGUCCCUUCGGCGCCGUCUCUCGCAGCCUCCACGGGAGGAAUGAAAGAUGGGAAGAUGCCUGAAAGACCUGUCAGUGCACGUAUGCGCAGCCAUGGAAUGGCCAUAGUAACAGUCGAGCAACAGCAGCCACCCCAGCCCGUGCCCUCAACUGCAUCCGCCGCCGCCACCGUGCCCCCUCCCGAGGAGGGCGUGGACAGCGUGGGGCCGUCUGUGUGUAUGCCAAAUGGGAAACCGGUUUGCGCCAGCGCUCUUCCGCCAGGAGCCAGCAGGACGGCACUACAAAAGGCUAUUCUCACUCAGGAUACUGAAAGGAGAAAGAAAUUAAGGUUCCACCCACGUCAACUUUAUCCUGCUGUCAAACAAGGCGAAGUCCAGAGAGUUUUGCUCAUGCUAAUGGAGGGCAUUGAUCCCGCAUACCAGCCUGAAUCUCAGAAUCGACGCUCUGCUCUGCAUGCUGCGGCUCAAAGAGGCCUUUUGGAAGUCUGCUACAUCCUGCUGCAAGCGGGUGCUCAAAUUGAUGCUCAGGACAAGGACCUGAGAACACCACUACUAGAAGCCAUCAUCAACAAUCACAUAGAGCUGACUCGAUACCUCAUCCAAAAUGGGGCUUGCGUCUACCAUGUUGAGGAGGAUGGAUAUACUGGUCUCCACCAUGCAGCCAAACAGGGCAACCUUGAAAUUGUCAACGUACUGCUGGAGACAGGACAGGUGGAUGUAAAUGCACAGGAUAACGGUGGUUGGACGCCAAUCAUCUGGGCUGCAGAACACAAACACGUGGACGUGAUCAAAGUGCUCCUGAACCGAGGAGCUGACGUGACUAUUAAUGACAAGGAGCUGAAUGUAUGUCUCCAUUGGGCAGCUUACGCAGGAAAUGUGGAUAUCGCAGAGAUGGUUUUGAACGCUGGUUGUUCCCUUGCCUCAGUCAACGUGCACGGCGACACGCCACUCCACAUCGCCGCAAGAGAAGGAUACUUAGAUUGUGUCACCUUGUUUCUCUCGAGAGGUGCCGACAUCGACACUAUUAACAGGGAAGGGGACACGCCUCUCACCCUUGCACGUCCCGACACUCCGGUAUGGGUUGCGCUCCAGAUCAACAGGAAGAUACGAAGAGGAAUAACCAAUCGCGUGCUUAGGACCGAAAGAAUUAUAUGCAGCGACAUUGCGCAAGGCUACGAGAACGCACCCAUUCCAUGUGUAAAUGCAGUAGAUGACGAAGGCUGUCCGUCAGACUACAAAUACGUUUCAGAAAACUGUGAAACGUCAGCGAUGAACAUCGACCGUAACAUCACACAUUUACAGCACUGUGGCUGCACUGAUGAUUGUUCCUCCAGCAACUGCCUUUGUGGGCAGCUCAGCAUCCGCUGCUGGUAUGACAAGGAUCAGCGAUUGCUUCAAGAAUUUAACAAGAUUGAACCUCCUCUCAUUUUCGAAUGCAACAUGGCCUGUUCUUGUCACCGGACAUGCAAGAAUAGAGUGGUACAGGCUGGCAUCAAAGUUCGCCUUCAACUCUACAGGACAGAGAAGAUGGGCUGGGGUGUCAGAGCGUUGCAAGACAUUCCCCAGGGAAGCUUCAUUUGCGAAUAUGUGGGAGAGCUCAUCUCAGAUGCAGAAGCGGACGUUAGAGAGGAUGACUCCUACCUUUUUGACCUGGACAAUAAAGACGGGGAGGUGUACUGUAUUGAUGCCCGUUACUACGGAAACAUCAGCCGCUUCAUCAACCACCUUUGUGACCCCAACCUCAUCCCGGUGCGCGUUUUCAUGCUGCACCAGGACCUGCGAUUUCCUCGCAUCGCUUUCUUCAGCUCCAGAGACAUCCAUAGUGGCCAAGAGCUCGGGUUUGACUAUGGAGAUCGUUUUUGGGACAUUAAGAGUAAAUACUUUACCUGCCAGUGUGGCUCGGAGAAAUGCAAACACUCUGCGGAGGCCAUUGCUUUGGAGCAGAGCAGAUUGGCUCCACUGCAGACCAGUCCUGAGUUGGGAGCAGACUGUGGGUUGACUCUUCCCAGCAUUUAAUGACAAAAAUGGGAUUUUUAUUUCCUGUAUCAACGUUAUCACAGUGCUUUUUACUUUCUUCCAUUUUUGCCAGAUUUUCAAUGUCACUCAUCAUUUCCUCUGUGCCGAACAUGAAAUGCCAAUUUUGUUUACAUACUGUAUGCUUGUUGUUGAACAACAUAUAUUUGACAGGUUCUAGCAUUAAUGUGCCAUUGUUUAGCUUGUGUUCUACAUUUUCUUUGGUGCUGUUUUUGUACACUCUCAUGCAGAAAUCCAAUGACCACUCAUGUAUUGGAGGCAUGGUGUAUCCAUUUGUUUGGCCUUUUAUUAGUUGUAAUGUUUAUUAUAUGCAUUUAAAAUAAUAAAUUUGCAUAAAAUGUU